UUUUCAGCUGAAGCAUGUGCCGAUGUUCUGGCAUUAGCUAAAGAAGCUAGAAAGCGAAAUCUUGGUCCCCUUCAUCCUUCAUUUAAUGUGAUAAAGAUAAUAAGAGAUGGACUAAUGAGAAAUCUUCCAGAAAACACUCAUCUGUUGUCAUCAGGCCGGCUGUGUAUUUCACUAACCAGAGUGUCAGAUGGUAAAAACGCAUUGAUAUCUAAUUUUGACUCUAAAGAAGAAGUUGUCCAGGCUUUAAUCUGUAGUUCAUUUGUUCCUAUUUAUUGUGGCCUAAUUCCACCAUCAUUUAGAGGUGUGCGCUAUGUGGAUGGAGGAAUCAGUGACAACUUACCUCACUACGAGUCCAAGAAUACCAUCACAGUUUCGCCUUUUGCUGGGGAGUGUGAUAUCUGCCCAAAAGGGAACUCUGCAAACUUCCAUGAAAUGAAUGUGACCAACACUAGCAUUCAGUUUAGUUUGGGGAACCUCUACCCAGAACCUAAGGUACUAGGAGAGAUCUGUGAGCAAGGAUACUCAGAUGCUCUUAAAUUCUUAAGAGAGAAUGGUAUUCUGAGUGACCCAAUUUAUGUCACCUUGUCCUUCACAAAAAGAAGUCCUCAGGAGGCUGUGCAGUGCAUUGACCAUGUAAACAAGAAAACUACGUCAGAAAGUAAUGGAACAGAAACUCUGAAAGCUGAAGUGCUUAACGACCAGCUGAAGCAGAAUCCAUGGCCUUUAGACAAGAGCAUAUUUGACAGUCUUCCUCCCAGGCUUCGUAAAGCACUGCAAGAAGCUUGUAAAGAGCAGAGUGGAUUCUAUGCCCAGGUGUCUAAACUCUUCCCAAUGCGGGUGAUGUCCUACCUGAUGUUGCCAUAUACGCUACCAGUGGAGUCUGCUUAUUCCGUUGCUUUACGGUUAGUAAACUGGUUUCCUGACAUUCCUGAUGAUGUUCGAUGGAUGCAAGAGCAGCUUUGUCAGAUUGCUGGUACAGUUUAUUCCAGGGCUAAAAGCAAGCUCUUCUGUGCAUUCAGGAAAGACAACUAUGCACCACUAAGAAAAUGUCAAACUGCCCCUUCUACUGUGGAAUUUCAUUCCUCAUACUGUCAUCUUAAAAUGCCUCACUCUUCUGCAGACCUUGAAAGCUGGCUCUGGGACUCUUCAUACUUCGUACACUCAACCUUGAAACAUGCUUCCGUUAACAUAAAGCAGCAUUCAGACAUGGAUUCCUAUCCUAAUUUUCUCCCAAAUUCUGAUGAAUCUGGGUUGGAAUUAGAUUUUGACUCUUCCUCGGAGAAGAGUUACCAAACUGCUCCAGAAUAUUAGUUUGGAAAGAGUUUUCUAAGAUUUCAAAAUUCCAAUUUGGCAGGGAUAUUCAAAUCCUAAAGGAUUAAAGCUCACUUUUAAAAUUGCCAAUAAGUCUAGGAAAACUUUGUUUACAGCUACAUGGCAAAUCUGCCUUUGGAAUUCUACUGUUCUAAGAAUU